AUGUUUAGCAGAAUCGGUUCUAGAAGGCUCUUGUCUACAAAUAGUAGGCUUUUGAAUACUAUCAAAACGGUAGAAGUGAAAGGAGGUUCAGUUGUUCCUCCUCCUCCUCCUCCUAAGAAGCGUAGAUCCAUCUGGAAGACUACAAAGAGAUUUACGCUUUUUUCAAUCCUUGCUGCUGUUGGAACGCUUUCGUAUAAGAUCUAUAGUGAGUCACAUCCAGGUGAACAACAAAAGCAAGUCCCAUACUUUGAAAACGGCCAAAAGAAGAAGACGCUUGUUAUCUUAGGGUCCGGUUGGGGUUCGAUUUCGUUAUUAAAGAAUUUGGAUACUACUUUGUACAAUGUUGUUGUUGUUUCUCCUAGAAACUAUUUUCUUUUCACACCUUUAUUACCUUCGUGUCCAACGGGUACCGUCGAAUUGAGAUCUAUUAUUGAGCCAGUGAGAUCUAUUACGAGACGAUCGCCAGGUGAGGUUCUUUACUUGGAAGCUGAGGCUACUGAUAUUGAUCCUGUUAACAACAAGAUCACCAUUAGGCAAUCUACUACUGUUCACUCUGGUCAUUCUGGUAAGGAUACUAGUUCUUCGAAGUCGACGGUGUCUGAAUAUACUGGAAUUGAGGAAAUUACUACGUCUCUUAAUUAUGAUUAUUUAGUUGUUGGUGUUGGUGCUCAGCCUUCUACCUUCGGUAUUCCUGGUGUUGCAGAACAUUCUACUUUCUUAAAAGAAGUCAGUGAUUCUAUGAGUAUUAGAAAGAGAUUGAUGGAUGUUAUUGAAGCGGCAAAUAUCUUACCAAAAGGUGAUGAAGAUAGAAAAAGAUUAUUGUCUAUCGUUGUCUGCGGUGGUGGUCCAACAGGUGUUGAGGUUGCCGGUGAAUUACAGGAUUAUAUUGACCAAGAUUUGAAAAAAUGGAUGCCAGAAGUUGCUUCUGAAUUGAAAGUUAUUUUGGUCGAAGCAUUACCAAAUGUCUUGAACAUGUUUAACAAAAAGUUAGUGGAAUACACCAAACAAGUCUUCCAAGAUACAAACAUUGACUUAAAAACUAACACUAUGGUCAAGAAUGUUAGCGACAAGCAUGUUACAUGUCUGGUUAAGGAUCCAAAGGAUGGAUCCACUGAAAUUCACGAGAUUCCUUAUGGUAUGUUGAUUUGGGCCACUGGUAAUGCUCCAAGAGCAAUUACCCAUAAAUUGACAUCUAAGAUUGAUGAACAAAGAAACGCCAGAAGAGGUUUAUUGGUAGAUGAAAGAUUAUUGGUUGAUGGAACUGAUAAUAUUUACGCCUUAGGUGAUUGUACUUUUACCAAGUAUGCCCCAACUGCCCAAGUUGCAUUCCAAGAGGGCACUUUCUUAGCUAAACAUUUUGAAAAGAUCCAUGAACUUGAAACAACUAAAUUUACCAUGCAAAACCCUACCGCAACUGACAAUAUUGACAGAUUGAAGAAGAAAUUUUCCAUCUUGCAAGAAAAAUUACCUGUCUUUGAAUAUGUUAACCAAGGUGCUUUAGCCUAUAUUGGUUCUGAAAAAGCUGUUGCUGAUUUGGUCUGGGGCGACUGGUCUAAUGUCACUACUGGUGGUACUUUGACUUUCUUGUUCUGGAGAUCUGCAUAUGUCUACAUGUGUCUUUCUGUUAAGAAUCAAGUUUUAGUCUGUUUAGAUUGGGUCAAAGUUUCGAUAUUUGGGAGAGAUUGCUCUAAAGAAUAA